CUUAAGUUCAAGGGCAUGUUUAAGAUGCUGUGCUUCCCAGAAAAGCGCGCUAUUUGAGGGUUCUGAUUUUCUCCCGAUUAUUAUAGUAAUGCUGGAUGAAGAGUGCCUAUCGGCUUCUAGACAUGAAAAAUUAGAGAAGCAACGGGAACUUAUACGUAGAAAACAGAAGAAAAAGCAUGCACAUCAGGUGUUGUCUUUGCAUAUGCUGUCCGAAAACUUCGAAUCAUGUAAACGUGAGGAUCGAGGACACCUCACACCAAAAUCCAAUAACAAGGAGUCAGCUGUUGAGGACAUUGACGGUUUUGCGGCGUUUGCAUAUGAUGGUCCCCAAUCGUACGACUUGGGCAAUCCGGAUGAUUUGGUCCACUCGGAAGUGCAAGUUAUCCGGCUUACAGACUCGCCACUUUCUGUGCAAUCAUUUGACCACCGAAUGGGGACACCGAUAGAAUCAAAUCCCAAUAACCGUGAAGGAGCAGUUCGUGGAGCAGGGGUUACUCGCUCGAGUACUCAGAUGACCUCUCUGGAUCAGGAAACACUUUUACUUUCAGAAAGUGAAGAUGAAGCGGGUACUAGCCUUGCAUGGCCAGAUAUUGAUAGCAGUCACCCAACUCACACAAACUCCAGAGUUUCCAGCCCCCCACACAACCCUAUUCCGGAGAAACAAGCGGGAAACAAACCCUCCCCUGCUAUUCGGACUCACACAGAGGAAUCACCUAACCGUGCCCCCAUGAAUGGAAGAUUGAUGAACUGGGACAUGCAGGAGCUUCCAGAUGACCGUCACUCCGAACCUACCCAGACCUCACCGGUCAGAUUACUUUGUGAUCGAUUGCAGAACCUAUCUAAUACACAAGACGCCGGUCAACUGUCUCCGGAUGUCGCCAAACUCUCUGUUCCCCAUCCAGGUAAACGUAAAGAGAGGUCCAAAGAUCAAAGACGAGAGUCGGCUCCCGCUCCUGCCCAGCGAUCAUCCUCCAAAAAGCUUCAUUCCAUUCAGGCGCUAGAGACAGAUACUCUUCACUUUGCUAUUCCAAUGAAUGAUGCUGGUGACGCUCAGAGCCUCGUCACCCAGGUGGAAUCCUUCAAAUCUCCGAAACCCCAUGGUUCGCGAAAACGAGGAAACGUGGGUGGUCAAAAGAAUUCUAACCCAAUUUUCCAUAACGCUGCUAGUGCCACUGAAUCUUGUCUUUCGUUGCUGGCGUCUGAUACACUUGACAGAUUUCGCGCACCUAUACCCAAAAAUGCAAAGAAGGUAACUGCUCCGUCGAGCAGAAAAGCAUCGUGUAAAUCGCCUCCGAUCAUUCAACUGGCACGAACAGCUCGGAUACUGUCGGUGGGCAAAAGGAUUCCCUCUCGCAAACACAGGCGAGCUGUUGCGCAACCGUCAAUACUGUUUCGUCCAUCCGAUCAGCCCACGGACGAAGUGCGCCAGUUUCCAACUGACACAGGGCACACCAACUCGCAAACUUCGUCCACAGGGAUCUCCAAAGCUGCUGACCAGAGUAACCCGCAUACACGGUUGGAUCCAACGGAAAAUUUAGAAGAAUUCGUAUUUCAGCCAGCCCCAAAAGGUACCACGGUUCGUUGCUGUAUCACUCGAGACAAACGUGGAGUGGACCGGGGGAUUUUUCCCACCUACUAUGUGCAUAUGGAACAGGAAGAUCGUAAAUACUUCCUGCUCGCUGCCCGCCGCCGCAAACGAUCCGCCACGAGCAAUUACAUCAUCUCUUGUGAUGCCACUGAUUUGUCACGAAGCGCCGCCAGUUUCGCCGGCAAGCUCCGAUCCAAUUUCGUGGGCACUCAGUUUGUCCUCUAUGGGGGUGGUAAGCGAGCUAACAGACGUCAUGAUGUACCGUCCUCUGGGCUGCGUUCGCGUGCCAGCCUUCGAUCUACCGGGAGCAGUUGUGAAUUGACCGAGGAUGAGGAUGCACAGGAUGACUCCAAAGAGUUGGCUGCAAUCAUUUACGUAAGUGGAACACAAUAUGGCGUCGUUUUGCAUCAGUAA